AUGGCCCGCUUCGGUGGACACGCUCUCCGUGAUCUGGCCCGUGGUGUGGUGGGCGCUGCCGUGGGCAUCCGGUCCGACGUCGACCCGACUCCGGCCGAUGUCGAGGCCGCCCCGCCGCCCCUGGAGACGGACCUGUCAUUUUUAUGCACUCUUGAUGAUGAUGCGAUUUACCGGUCCCUUGCCGACCUGCCACCGUCCCAGGUGACUCGCCUCCUUCUUUUGAUCGCCGAAGUCGCCCAGGAUGUCACCUAUGCCAUGGGCAACCUGGGCCAGCUCGACGUUGAGGUUCCGGUCGCGCACAUGUCCCAGACCGGCCCGCCUCCGAACCGAGGCCGCUAUCCGCAGACGACGCGUGGUGACCUUGCACCUUUGCCGUCCGGUCCGCGCUUUCCGGACCAACAGGCAGCCGACGCCAUCCAUGCCGGUCUGGACCAGGCCGAUGGCACCAGGCCUGAUCCCAACCCGGCCCCGCCAAAUCCCACCGAUGGCGCUGGUGCUGAAUCCGGUGGCCUGCGAGUCCUGCCCGGAUUCGCCCCCCCCCGCAUUGACCCGAACGAACCUCUGGUCCACUCGGAUCCCAACCGCCCCGGCUGCACUCCGGUCUUUGUGGACCGUGGCCAACUUACCCCGCGCCGUGCCAAUACCGGCCCCUGGACCAUCAGCGAAGGCUGGGAGCGCUUGAGCAUUUUCCUGCCUGAGACCCCCGGCCCUUUCAUCCGCACGGACUCCUGGCCCUGGCCCGACCUCUUUUGCUUUGAGGAGCAGGACUUGCCAAGCUGGGCUCCGCUCCAGGACCCUCCGUCCGUCCUUUCUCACCUGCAAAUUCGCGGAUACUGUUCGCACGAUUGUCCGGCCAACAUCGAGCUGGAGACCAUCGAGGAUUCGCCGGUACCCGUGCAUCCGCCGGUGGCCCCUGCGGGCAACCCGGCCUUGGCAUCUGACCUUGGUUCCUUGCUUCAUGGCUUUCCCUUGCAGCCCACCGCUGCCGCUCCACUGGUCACACCGCCCCGCCCGCAGCGGUUGGAUUUUUUGGGCGACGCCUCCCCGCGUCCUUGCGAUUCUCCGGCCUCGGCCCCUGGGCCCUCGGCACCGCCUCAUUCCAGCCCCUCGUCGGCAUCCUCUACAUCCUUUCAGGUCGUGCCGGUCCCUACUGCUCACCCGGUUGGUCCUCCCUUGCCUGGACUUGCAUCAUUGCUUGAGCUUGGUGACCGUUGCACCCUGUUUUUGCAUACCAAGCUGGUACCCGUGCCCCGGGAACUCCAAGCACGUGCCAUCGCGAAAAAUGCCCCCAGCACUUUGCAGCUUUACUUGCGUUCCUGGUCUGCCUGGGUUCGGCGCUGCAUCCUUUCUGGGAUUGAUCCUGCCGACCCGCCGCCCGGUGCACUCCCGUCCUGGCUUCAGUUGACUUCCGCCCCCUCUGGCCUUUCCACCACAAGUUUUAAGGCUUUGAGUUGGAUGGCCAAGGUGGCGGGCUUGCCAUCUAUCCAGGUGCAGUUGCACACUCCGCUUUGCUCCGCGUUUCUCUCCUCGACCGGUCCGGUGGAAAAACGUGAAGCCUUGCCUUUUUCCGUGUCCUUUGUCGUCUGGCUCGCGGUCCUGCUGCGUGGGUCGGUCUUGUGCCUGAUUUGGUCGUCUCUUCGUUGGAACGACGGCCUUUGGUCUCCCCCGUUCCGGGUGAUACUGCAAUCAGGCUCCACUGCCCUUACCGGUGUCGCCACCCGCACAAAAAGCUGCCGGGCCAACAUGCCGUGGGGAUGCCAGCUCUACGGGUUGACGGGCUCACCUUCCGCUUGUUGGGGCAUGUCCUGGCUUAACGCUCUUCAGCAGUGUGUGUCCGACACCAAACGCAUUUUCCCUGACCGCAGGGUGGAUUUUUUGCUGCCGGUCCUCGGGCCUGACCCUGCCUCUCCGGUGUUCGUCUCUCCUUUGCAUCGGUCCCGCGCCAUGCCUUGGCUCCGGGCCCUCCUGCAAGAACACUGGCACCUGCAUUCCUCCGAAGCCUGCCCGCCCGAGCAUUCCAUGUAUGGGGUUCACAGCUGCAAGGCCACCGUCCUGUCCUGGGCCAGGCAGCUUAAUCUUGACCCUGAGCUUCGCCGUCUCCAAGGGCAUCACCGUCCGUCCUCCAUGGAGGGCUCCGUUCGGGUCUACAGCCGAGACGAUAUAGGCCCAAUGUUAUCAUUGCAGGCUGAAGUCAUUAACCGAAUCCGGUCCGGUUACCGCCCCCUCCAGCCAGUGGGCCGCGGCUCUAGCAAACCAUUGCCCGACUUUCGGGUGUCCUUGCCGCCACCUGAUAGCAACAUGGGUGGCAUGGCGCCGCGGGAACGCUCCGGCCGCUCGCGCUCCCCCCGGCGCCGUCCGGAACCGGCUGAAGACGAAGUCGAAAGCACUGACCUCUCCGAUGACAGCUCCGACUCCGAACAAUCCGGGGCCUCGGGUUCGGACGAUGACUUUGCCAAGCCUCGGCCCCCUCGCUCCCAACAGCGAGAGCCCAGCAUGAAUGGGUUCCUGCACAACCCUCGCAGCAACGUCUUGCACCGUCCCGUUCCGUGCCCGCCCGAUACUGCAAAGUCCGUGCGCGUGUCGCUGUUGGGUCUGGAACCAUUCUGGGUGAAACCGGCCUGUGGGGCCUCUGUUGGUCAGCUCUGCUCUGAGGCAUGCUCUGCCUCCGCCGCGCCUGCCAGACUUGAUGCCCCGCCCCGCCGUAAAGAUGCUGCAUCUGCAUGUGCCAGCUCGUGCCAGUUCCAUGCGCAUGUGGUCACACUUGCUUGCACUGUCUUUCCCGCAGCCGUUUUCUGUUUCAGCCGGCCCUGCCCCCCUUUAGUGCCGCCCUCUUCCGCCAUGGCUUCUGAUGGUUAUCCGUCGGCUGGGCCUGGGGACCGUCCGGUUCGAGCGGCCUGGGACCGUGACGGCGCGGUUCUCCUGCCGUCUGCUCCGGAACUGCAAGACCUGGAAGAUUUAACCGACCAGCAACUCCUUGACCUCUUGCGUCGCUGCUCGGUCGGCUUCCUGGCCCGACUGGUCCGUCUUUGUGGGAGCAUCCUGCGCCCGCCCCGGGUCGUGAUCUACUGCCAACUGCCAUGCGUCAACCCGGAAUGUCCACAAACGUGUGGCCGUCAGCCUGGUGUUGUUUGCUCUUCCGACAUGUCAAGUUCUGGCACACCCGCCUUUGACGAUCCUGCUGCGUUGGUUGCCCUGCUCCGGCAAUGGUCUGCUCCUGAUGAGCUGCUGGAGGUCCUCACUGUAAAGGGCUUCAAGACCAUCGCGACCAUUGCCUAUGCUAUCCCACCGGACGGUUCCCCUGACGACUGGAUUCGCGUCUUAUGGCCUCCGGCAGACCCCAACGACACCUUGGCCAGGAUCACACCAGCAGCCAGUUUUGCACGACGCCUUCUGGUGCAGGCGCGCGACCUUGUUCAUCCGGCACCUGCCCCGUCGACCCCUGCCUCUGCUGGGAGCGCUCCGCCUUCCCUGCCCGGCCCGAAAAUCACGGCCGAGGCGGCGGAGUUGCUGCGUCAAAAAUUCAUUGAGGCCUACCCGGGAGAAGUCCUCUCCCCGUCGAGCACACCUAGCUUGGAAUUUCUUAACCGCCUCCGCUCUGAGUUGGACAAGCCAACAACCCUGUGGAUUCCUUGGCGCUUGAGGACGUCCGAGCAUGACGUUCAGACGUUCUAUGAACAUCGCCGACCCAGGUCGGACAACCAGCUCCUCCGCUCCUUGUUGGAUGACGUUCCGGACCCGGUUGUGGCUCACGCGUCCGUGCCUACUUCAGGUCCUGUCGAGCCUCUGCUUCGCCGCCACUUCGGGAUCCUGGUCACGGCCUUGGCUUUUCUGGGUGACCUGCACCUCCGUAUCGGCAAGACUUUUGCUGAGUCUUUCAUUGCAUCCGCUACGGCUGUCCCCCUGGAUCCUUCCCUCCGGGCACCGUCUCUGCAAGAAGUACUUGCAGCCGACCGGUCCAUUUGGGCUGCUGUUGGCACACUGAUGCGAGAUGAGAAAUGGUCGCUGUCUGACUCCAUUCAUGAGGUUUCCGUCACCCGACACAUGAUUCCGAUACUCCUUCUCCUUUGUCCGCCCACCUUCGCAAGGGGCUCGCCCUGGCAUGCAUCCCCCCUCCCCGUGUGCACGCCCUGCCAAGGAGACAGCUCCAUCCUUGGAUCGGGCCCCCCCUUCCACUUCCCCGGCCGAUCCUCCUGCCCGCCCGGCACUGUUCCUGGACUUGUUUUCAGGUUGGGCCUUGACCGCAUUGCCCCUAUAGACGUGCUUCAUGGGGAAGAGGUGGACUUGCUUCUGCCCCAGCAUCAGUCGUCCAUGCGGAAACUGUGCUCGUCUGGCCUCGUGCGUGUGGCUGUUGCCGCCCCACCCUGCUCCAGCUUUAGCCGCGCUCGCCUUAAACGCGGUGGCCCGCCCGCAGUCCGGACACCAGCACACCCGCACGGCAUCCCUGCUCCUUCCCAGCGCCAGCAGGCUGAACUGCAACGCUCUGACAAGCUGCACGAGCUCUGUCGGGAGCUCCUCACUCUCGUGCUUCUCUCGGGUGGUCUGGUGUUGCUUGAGAACCCAUCUAGCAGCUUGUUGUGGCUCACCGACCCAUGCAAAGCCUGGAUUCGCCACCACUGCCUGUCCGCCGUGGAAAUUGCCGCUUGCUCUUUUGGCGUGAAUGCCAAAAAGAGCUGGACCUUUAUCUCCAAUUUGGCGGACCUUUCCUCUCUGGCCUCUGCCUGUUGCCACCCGCCGGGCACUCACCCGCCCUUGGCAGGCAAGCGUGAUUCGUCCGGUGCCUUCCUUACACGGACCACUGCAUGCUACCCGGACGGUCUCUGCGAGCGCUUUGCGGCACUGAUGGCACCAUAUCUCUCCCGGUCAGUGGGUCUAGUCCCGUUCCUCUCCUGGGAAACGGCUCUUCUUGAGCCACAGCUCUGCUGGCCACUCCCUUCCUCCCGGAUUGAAGAUGGUGCAGGUUCGUGCUCCACUGCUUCCUGGUCCAAACCGUCCGGUCCCGACACCUUCGGCUCCCUGCGCAAACUCUGGGUUAAGCGCAUCCUGUCGGGGGAUUUCCUUGCCAAAUUUCGCGCUCGCCUGGCAUCCGGUUCUAAGGAUGCCCCCAUUUCUGAAUCCGAACUGGAACCUUUCUUGGGUGACUUGCGCUCCUUUCUGGGCUUGGCGGUUACUGACUUUGAUACACUUCUUUCGGUCCCUCCGGGCCAACCGUUCCGCCUGUUCCUUCUGGAUGCGCUGCUCCAGCUCUCGCGCGACCCGGAUCGACCCUUCGUGGACUUGCUGCUUGAAGGAGUACCUCUGGGUGUUGACGAACCUAUGCCUGCCUGCCCAACGCUGUUUCCUGCUUCUGCCACCAAGGACCCAUCCAUGGACUUACAGCAUUGUUCCUCCUCCUGGGGAUCAGCUCUCUCCGACCUGUCCACUGUUGAUUCCCUUCUUCAAACCGAAGUUUCCGAAGGUUGGGUGCGGGAGGUUCCGGGCGGUCUUGACAGCCUCGUCGCUACCUAUGCUCGCACCGCCGUGGGGAAGCUUGGACUUGUUAAGGCCCCCGACCGUGACCCCCGCCUGGUGGUGGAUUCCAGCGUUUCCGGUGUUACAGAACACACCACUCUUCCUAAUAAGUCCGCGAACCCGACCAUCUCGGGUCUCCGUCGCUGCUUUCCCCUCCGUCUGGCCCUGGAACAGCUCUUCGCACUGAUCUUGGACGUCAGCAAAGCUCACCGGCGCAUACUGAUCCGGGCCGCCGAUCAAGGCCUUCUUUGCUUCUUCCAUCGCGGCCGCCUGUUCCAGUGUCUCACAUUGAAUUUCGGUGCACGCGCGUCCGGCUUUUACUGGGCACGAUUGGCGGGGAUUCUCUCACGCCUCAUGCAUCGGCUUCUGUUCAUCCGCCACGCCCUGCUCAUCUAUGUCGACGACCUGAUCUCCCUCCUUUCCGGUCCGUCCGCGCCGGUCUGGGCCGCUGUGCUGUGUGUUUUCCUUCUUGUGCUUCGCGUCCCAAUGAGUUGGCACAAAGCCUAUUUGGGCGCACGGCCGACUUGGAUUGGUUGGUCUAUGUCCCUGGAAACCUUUACCGCCACGCUUGAACCACCGAAGCUGGCCCGUCUCCGCCUUCUGAUUUCUUCUGCCCGUUCCGGGGAUGCGAUUCCACUACACCUGCUUCGCAAACUCACCGGCAAACUCCUUUGGGUUUGUUCCCUGUUUCGUCCCUUCCGGCACCGCUUUAUCGGGACCAGAGCCUACCUCCACUUGUUCAUGUUGCUGUGGCCCCCUCUACGUGGGAAUCCUUCCGGCUGCACCCUGGUCAGUGUGGCUUCCCGCCCUGUUCAUACACUGAAGGAUGUUCCUCUCCACUUUGCCGGUGAACGCCGACUCUGGAUUUCCGUCCGCUCCCCUCCUGACUCUGACCGGAAGCUUUCGCAGGAAUCUAAAGCCGUCUUGGACCUUUGGCACUCCUGCUUGUGUCAGACCAUCCCGCUCUUCCCGCUGUCUCUGUCGCCGCUGUUAACUUGCGAGGCGUUUGCUGACGCCUGUGCCGACAGCAAACACGCGGGCUUGGGCGGCUUCGUGGCUUUUCCCUCCGGCCGUACGGUCUGGUUCCGAUCCGCCUUAUCCCCUGCGGAUCUUGCUCGACUUUGUGCUUGGUAUUCCCCUGACACUUCACCUCAGAAAUUCAUCGCUGCCUGGGAACUCCUUGGCCAAAUCGCGCUUCUCUGGUGCGUUGCUCUCGUUGUCCCGGCCGCUCACCACCCAGUGCAUUUCGUCAGCCGCUGUGACAACAGCCCUUCCGAAUCGGCUUCAUGGAAAGGCCUCUCUACGGCCCGCGGUAUGUGUGACCUACUGCACUCCUACCUGUUGUGGCAGCGUCAUUUCUGCAUUUCCGCACAUAUCGAUCAUGUUCCGGGGUUCCGUAACAAGAUUGCUGAUGCCCUGAGCCGGUCCCGCGACCCGGGCACAUUGGGACUCAAUCCUGCCGAUGAGAUCCUGGUCCCUUGGCACCUGUUGUGUGGUCCUCCGCGCCCGUCUUACUCUCCUGCGGCCGCUUUCAACCGUGACCUCUUCCCGGCUUUGGACUUCUGA